ACCACAUACACGCAUGUUUCAAAUCGAGUAACGUAUUGAGUGCUAUCUUAAAAAUCAUCAACAAAUAUGACUGAAAUUAAACUAACUGUUCAAGCUCCCACAUUAGUAAAUCGAGACUUUGUCAAGCCCACGCUGUGUGGUCCAGGCCCCUGUGACGUUUGGCCCUCAGUUAAUGAGGCUCUUACCAAACCAGUUAUUUCGCCAAUUUGCGAUGAACAUUUCUACGUACUAGAUGACAUUCGCGCCGGGUUGAAGUAUGUUUUUCAGACAAACUGCGACACAGUUCUCGCCCUCAGUGGCUCUGGUCACGGUGGUAUGGAGACUGUUAUAAAUAAUUUAGUCGGACCCGGUGAAACUUUGCUGGUAGCCAAGGGGGGCUUUUGGUGUGAGCGUGCUCUUGAAAUGGCUAAGAGAUACGGAAUCAACACUAUAACAACGACUGUUCCGAUGAACGAGACGUUUAGUUUGCAACAGCUAGAAAAUGAGCUAAGAAAACACCGUCCAACCGCUUUGUUUAUAGUCCACGGCGAUUCAUCUACUGGAACAGUACAAAACCUGAAAGGUGUGGGCGAAUUAUGUCAAAGAUAUGGCACCCUUUUGCUGGUCGAUACGGUAGUGUCGCUGGUUGGUGUACCAUUCUUUAUGGACGAUUGGAAAAUAGACGCGGUUUAUACUUCAACCCAAAAAGCUUUCAGCGGCCCAGCUGGCAUCAGUCCUGUAGCUUUCAGUGAUCGUGCUCUGAACAAAAUCAACAACAGAACUCAUCAACCUCCUUUCUAUUUUGACGUCAAACUAUUGAGCCAACAAUGGAAUUGUUACGGUAGUACAAGAGUAUAUCAUCACACUCUAAGUUCUCCGCUAUUGUGGGCGCUACGGCAAUGUCUGCAGGAAGUCAUCAAAGAGACUUUACCCAGAUCUUGGGCCCGACAUGCUGCAACCACUAAACACUUCCUCAAAAGAGUAGAACAGCUCUCCUUAAAGACCUUUGUACCGAAACCGGAGGAUCGCUUAAUGACCGUCACAACGGUAGUCUUGCCCAAAGGAUAUGAUUAUUUACAAUUCUCUAAAUAUAUGAGAGAGAAAUACAAUAUCUUAAUAUUUCCCGGCAUCGGUCAAACUGUAGGUAAAACCCUACGUAUUGGACUUAUGGGUGUCAACUCUACAAUACAAGUCGCCGAUGCUGUUGCAGACGCUGUGGCAGGUACACUGAUCGCUUUGAAGAAAUCCUCCUUAUAA